AACACAUCGUCGGUGGCUUUCACCUCCAACAGAAUGAGACAAGAGGUCGUCUUGUAGAGUACGCGCCCAUUGCCCAUUCAGCCUACGGCGCACGCGGCCGAAAAACGAACACCAAUUUUGAAUUACGAAAACUUUAAAUUAAAAAAGGAACUCAAAAAUAAAUUUACUUUUUUAUUACAAACAGCCAGUGUUUCAAGUGACGUUUUGGACGAUGAUAAUUUAAUUGGCUAAAUUCUUAUCGAUUAGCAUUUUGAAUUAUCGACUACCAUGAUGGCUUCCCGUUGCCUGAAGUCGCUGGUGAUCCUUGCACUGGCUGUCAUCUGCCACAACGGACAUGCUGCGGAGAACGACAACCAACUCACCACACCGGAGUACAUCCUACCCUGCAGCCAGUCAGACCCUCAGCUGGACAACUGCAUCAAGCGCUCUUUCAACCACCUGCGGCCGUACCUUGCGCGGGGGCUGCCUGACCUGGGCGUGCCUCCUGUGGAGCCCCUGCUGAUCGACAGGCUCGUGAUGGAGAAUGACGCCGGGCCUGUACGCGUCACCGCCGCCUUCAGCAAUAUCACUGUUGUGGGGCCCAGUAACUACACUAUCACUAAAAUUCGGUCAGACCUGAAGAAGCUGCGCAUAGACAUGGGUCUGGUGCUCCCGCGCAUCGAGAUCACGGGCCGCUACGAGGUGUCGGGGCAGGUGCUGCUUUUCCCUGUGCGCUCACAGGGCAACUUCUGGGCUGCGUUCUCCGACGUGGCGGCGAUCGCAAAGAUCUUCGGCAAGCAGCUGGAGCGAGAGAACGUGAAGUAUAUGGCGGCUGACCGGCUGCUCGUUGACUUCAAGCUCAAGAACGCCCGAUUCAAGGUGCGCGACACAGUCAACCACGGCUCUGUCAUUGGAGAAGCCAUGAACCAGUUCCUGAACAACAACGCUCAUGAAAUCAUCGAGGAGAUGAGACCUGCAGCUUCUGUCUCCAUCGCUAAACACUUCCAGUCAUUCCUCAACGCCGCUUUCACCAAGAUUCCCAUGGACGUGUGGCUCAAACCCUGAGCGGUUGGUGCUGACAGCUGGCAUUGUGACGUCAUGAAUUGUGACGUCGUGCUGCAAGUCAUGUGCUGUCACGUCAUGGCUGAGAGUGCGUCAUGAUAGAACUUUAUUGAAGUGUGAUGUGAAGUUAAUGUGAGUAGGAUUUACUUUGCUGUGUUAAUUGAUUCAGUGUUUUAUUUUAAAUAUCGUUCAGGAUAUUUCAAAGUUAGCUUGGAAGACAACUCGUAGCCAUAAUAAGAAUUGAAAUAUUUAUCUUCUUACAUAAAUAAAUGUAUGAUAAUGUAAUGAUUUAAAAGUCCAAAUUAUAAUGAUGCAGAUUUAGUCCUAGCCCUGUUAUUUGUCAAACACGAAAUUUACUUAUCCAAUUGUUAAUCCGAUAAGUAAUAUCCAUAUUCUAUUUACUUAAGCUUAAACGUAGGUAGCUAGGUAUAUAAAAAGUACAGUAGUUAACUAAAUAUUGCAAAUAAAGAUGCAAGUACACAAAUAUAAUAUUUGUAUUUGGUCGAGUGAGGGGAAGCCUGCCCUGUGCCCAACAGUGGGACGUAUACUGGCUGUUUAUUUUAUGUUAUAUAUGUAACUGAAAUCACCAGUUUCAAAUCUGUUUAGACGUUCAACUGAAUAUUGACUGUAUUUAAAAGUAUUUUUACUUUUGAACACAUGUGGUUGUUCUUAAUUAAACCUACUUUUAAAUGUACGUGGAUUGUAACAUUGUAAAGACGACAAUUUCUAAUGUGUAUUUUCUACAUUUGUACUUUCUUUUUUGUAAGUACAAUUUUUAUUCAAAAUGAUAACAGUACUUACCUAUCAUGUAUUGAUUAGGUACGAUCUGUACAAAAUAUCAAACAAAUUAAUAGCAAUUAAUGUAUACUUUAAUUAUGCUACUUACUUAAGUUAAGCUUUAUUUAUUUAAGUAACCAAAUAAGUUAGGACUUGGAGUUAUAAAAUAUAAUAGUUUUAAAUACGUUUUCAUAAACGAUGUAUGUGAUUGUGAUUUAACAUGUGAUGUGAGGUAAUUAAAUAAAAAAAGAGA